AUGAGCGACUUCGGUGUUGUAAAACAAGGCUACGUUCGUCAGCGGAGUCGUAAGCUCGGCGGGGUCUGGCAGAAAAGAUGGCUGGUGCUCCGGAAGUGCCCGAACAUGGGUCCCGCGAGGCUGGAGAGCUAUUCCUCAGAAACCGAUUGGCGAAAAUACAGCACUGACAUCGACAGCGGUCGGCAUCGAGGCUACCUCGGGAUACAAAAAUCGAAGGUCUAUCUCCUCGAAUCGAGCUCGAACGGCGGCUGCAUAUCCGUCUCGAGGCUUCCGACCUCGAUACGAAAGUUCUCGUUUUCCGUCUGCUUCCAGACGAGUAAUUCGGAGAAACUUAACACGGACGACCCACAGCAGCAACAACAACAACAGCCGCCUCAACAACUAAACAUCAACAAGGGCGACGCUCGUAUUCGACGACAGCAACAAGGCGGUCGCAUCAAAACGUUCGCUUGUGAAUCGAAUUACGACGCGGACUCGUGGGUGAAAGCGAUCCGGGACGAAGUUGGACAAUUGUCGGAAAUCCGUGAAAGUCCACUCGGAGGAGCGCCCGACGUUGUUGCGUCCUCGUUACGUAAGGAGCUUCUCAACGAUACGUUUCGAGUGUUUCUAGUGUCAACGACGACUUUGGACGCUUGUGGUGACUGUCUUCUACAAGUGGCCCCUGAACAGCUCUAUGUGUACAGCCUGCACGAACCUCGCGAGCGUCUGGCAGCUUGGCCUCUCACGGCGCUACGAAGAUACGGCAGCGACAGUGAGAAAUUCACGUUUGAAGCCGGCAGACAUUGCGCUACAGGCGAAGGUCUGUUCGUAUUUUACGGACCUCAUAGCGAAUCCAUCUACCAGAGAGUUCAUCAGGCGACCCUUGCGAUCGCGGCCCAGACCAACGCAAUGGAACCGUCGGCCCCGCACUACGAACGGAGAUCAUCCAGCGGUAGUACUCCGAGUUUCGGUGAACUGCGGCAGAGUCUCGAAGACGGUCUCGAUUCCAGUUUCGGAAUUUCGAAUACCACCAGUCAUUUCUCGACAUCGGACGGAAUCGUCAAAUCGACUCCGAACCCUAUAUCGUUCCGGUCUCAUCUCCUGUCGCUAUCGUCGACGGGGGGACAAGAUUGAACAAGAGAUCUGCAAUAUGGUCCAUUGAUGGCUCACAAUUAGUGAUGGUAUGAACUUAUGUUGUGAUGUGAAAAUGUAGAUUAUUAGCUCAAACUCGACAGGAGAACAAUCCUCGCGUAUGUACAUAGUGUGUUUGAUCGUUCCUUUGUCAGAUUUCUAUGUAGGCCAAUCGUUGUCUACUCGGAAGGUGAACUAGGCUCUUCCACAAGUAGUCACAACGGAAAUAAUUUGGACGAUCCACUCGAGGGAGUCGAAUUAGGGAGAGACAUCUCAGUGGAAGCUACGUGUGAUGGUGCAUGAAAGUUCUUCUGUAUAAACAUGAACGAGGCUAGUUGAUUGUGCGCAUGGUGAGUCACGAGAACCAUGGCAACUUCAAUUAUUGAGCUUACGGAGCCAACUGUACAUUGACAAGUGGCAUUUUGUGGCGGAUGAGUGGCGCCAAAUGCUGGAACUGACGGAUGAUGAUGAG